ACAGCGCAUACAAGAAGCGAUUCUUCAAAAUAUGGAAAAGGAUUCAUGGUACUCAGACGCUUCCACUUCAGAUGAAGAGGACGAGGUAAAUGAAGAUGAGGUUGGAGUGAACAAUACCAUAGAAACUGGAAUGCCUCAAGACCGAGGAACGCAACUCCUUUACGCAGGAACAUACGUGAGAGGCCAAAGAGAGGCUACGAUAAAAGGGACGGCAGCCCAGAAUAAACAUGUCCCAAAAGUCAUAAAACAGGUAGACCCGCUUAUGUUAGAAGCCGAAUACAAGGCAGCGAUUACAGAAAAUAUAAUGGAGGAAAGUGACGCCCUAAGGCGUGAAACAGAGAUGUUCCUAGCCCAGUGUGAAGAGCGUUUCAAUGGUCAAGAUCAGUUGAAGUCACUAACACAAUCAAGAAAGGACAUCACAGAAGAUAGAGACUUUCUACUAUCAGAUGUCCAAAGUACAGCAGACGAUAAAGUCAUCAUAAGUAAGGAUAAAGAUGCCAUGAAAUUUGAAGCAAACAAUUUUCGAGCCCUACCUUUGGCCGCUGCAAUAUUGGAACAGAAAAUAAACGAUGCAAAACUGCAAUAUGACAGUAUCAGGAAAGAGAGAGCCGCUUUCAAAUCAAGAUACCAACGCUCAGAGCUUAACAUUAACGACAUAAGGAAGGUUGUGGAGGACCUAAAAAUUGAAACACAAAAUCUUCGAUUCAAGAUUAAGGACUAUGCUUCACUGGAAAAGGAAUUAAACACUGUAAAACAGCAGUGCGAAAAUAUCAAAAAAGAGAGAAACGUUGUCAUACUCAGAGUCCAAAAAAUAACAAAGAGUAUAGAAUUCAUAAGGAGACAGAUAGACGCCUUAAAUCUUGAGAGAGAAAGUCUCCGAAACAAGAUUAAAGAAGCAGCACCACUUGAAAACCAAUUAAACGCUGCAAGACUGCUUUGCGACAACAUCGGAAAGGAGAGAGACUUUUACAAUUUAAAAUUGCAAGAGGCAGCAAGAGAAAGAGGCGUCAUGAUAAAAGAUAUACACGCCCUAAAACUUAAAAAAGAAAAGCUUCUCACCCAAUGUGAAAAGAGUGCUCUUUUGGAAAAGCAAUUGGAGGCUGUAAGCCAGGAUUGCGAAAAUAUGCGAAAAGAGAGAAAUGCAUUCAUAUCAAGAGAGGAGCGCAUGGCAGUGGAUAGAAAGGCCAUGAGGAAGGAGAUAAUCACCCUGAGACUAGAAGAAGAAAAUCUCCGAACACAGCUGGUCGAGGAGAAGAGCAAUUAAACGUUGUAAGAGAAGACUGCAGCAGCGUCCAACAAGAGGGAGACUUCUUAAUACUCGAUGUCCAACACAUAGGUACAAAGAGAAAGGCCACAGAAGCGGACCAGAACGAAGCUGCGUUUUUUACAUUGUAAUACUACAAUCGCGGAGCAUCAAAUUUUGGGGCGCUUUAAUUGUACAAGCCCAAAUUAUAACAGCGGAGACAGAGGACGUAGAAGGAAUAGGGGCGCUUUCAUGAUUGAAAGCGUAAACAUUCAGCACAAGUGUAAUGACGCUAUGGCCCGCGUAAAAAUGCACU